GUCCCUCGGGAAAGCUCGGACUGGACUCUCGGACCCUGAAUCCCUGCAGUUUCCAGAGCUGCCUGAAAAGGAUGUGACCCCGACUCGGAAGUUUUCCAGGAGGCCAGCCCGCCACGGCCCCACCACCAUGCCAGCCAAGACCCCCAUCUACCUGAAGGCGGCCCACAAGAAGGGCAAGAAGUUCCGUCUUCGGGACGUGCUGUCCCCCGACAUGAUCAGCCCCCCGCUGGGUGACUUCCGUCACACCAUCCACAUCGGCAGGGAGGGCCAGCGCGACGUCUUUGGGGACAUCUCCUUCCUGCAGGGCAACUACGAGCUGCUGCCUGGGGCCCCCGAAGAGGCUGCCCAUGGUCCCACACUCCCCGGCCAUGAGUUCUUCCGGGCCAAUAGCACCUCCGACUCGGCCCUGCCUGAGACUCCGUCUCCAGUGCUCAAGAACGCCAUCUCGCUGCCCAGCAUCGGGGGCUCCCAGGCACUCAUGCUGCCGCUGCUGUCACCUGUCACCUUCCACACCCGGCAGGAGACUCUGGGCCUCUCCAGGCUGGGCUGUGCGCCCUCUGCUCGCCCACAGGCCCCUCCACCUGGCCAAGCCGCUGACGUGUCCUGGGCCUCCAGCGGCUCUGCAUCCCAGUCCAGCCAGGGCCGGGACAGCCACUCGUCCAGCCUGUCAGAACAGUACCCAGAUUGGCCCGCAGAGGACAUGUUUGACCCCCCGCCACCACCUCCUUGCCCACUGAGCCCCGGAAAGGCCCCGUCCCAGACGUCACUCUCCGACCUCACAGGCUCACUCCUGUCUCUGCAGCUGGACUUGGGGCCCUCGCUCCUGGACGAGGUGCUGAAUGUCAUGGAGAAGAACAAGUAGCCCCCAGAACUCCGUGAACCCCAGGACACCCCCUUACCGAGUGCCGGGGGACUGAAUUGAACACUGAGCUCCGUGACCAUGUUGUUGCAGCUGUGCUGGGUCUCCUCAGAGAAUGUUCUGGAAAGACCCUUUUUUUUUUU